CGUGGGUAUUCGUCAUUACAUCCGUCCGCGCUCUAUCCGUGAUCGCAACUGCCUGGCACGUUGAGAUUCGCACAUCACCCGACACAGACACACGCCGAAAUGAUCAAGAAACGACAAGAUGGCAUCUCAGCUUGUUUGUCUUCUGCUCUGAUCGCAUGCACGCUGAUAACUGUCGUUGCAGGUGAUGGUCAUGUGUGUAUGGGAGGAGGUGAUGAGCCAGUGGUUACUCUUACUGGUCAACCGGAAAUUAUCUUGAGGCAGGGGGAUGGACUAAAUACUUUUCUCAUUAGAGAUCCUAGUGAUUUGACUGUGACUGGAGCCACUCUAAUGAAUUGGGACAACAUUACAGUUGAUGUUGCUUUGCGACAAUCUGGUUCAUUGGUUCGAGAAACUUUGGCUGUUGAAAGUGUUCCAUCUGAAGGACGACUCACUACUGAAGAUGUUGAAGCUUUGUCAGGUGUUGUCAGCACUACUAAAGGAACAGGGUCUCUGUUGAUUGAGCAAAACUCACCUGGAAAUUUGACUCACGUUUUACUAAGUCUGGUUUACGAAUAUCUUUCUAAUGCAGGCACAGUACCACCAGAAUUUAGGGAUAUCACAGUGAGGAUUAACUUUGGCUCCAGAUGUGGUUUUCAAGUAAUUGAAACUACAAUACGUUAUGUUGGGGAGAAUUUACAUCCACCUGUUGUAAAUAUAACUGAUACGGAAGUUGAUUUCAUUGAGGGAGCGCUAAGUCCUGUUUCUGUCACCAGUGGAAGUUUGGUUGUAGGCGAUGAUGACAAUGAUUUUUUUCCCAUCAAGUCUGCAACAGUUACUAUCCAACAUGAUUCUAAUUCUCCAAUUGAAAAAGAGGUGCUAACUACUACUACUACAACAUCAUCACACAUAUCUGUGGAAUAUAACAACAUGACUGGUGUGUUGACACUGACAGGAGAUGGAACACCAGCCAAUUACACAGAAUUACUUAAUGGAGUCACCUACUUUAAUGAGCAAGAAGACUUUGGUGGGAAACCAUAUGACUCACGUAUGUUGAUAUUUAUGGUCUCUGAUGGGGACUUCAGUGGCUCUAACACAGUUGUCGUAAACCUUAUCAAUGUGAAUGACCCUCCUGUCGUCUUACUGGAUGGAGUAAGGUCAACAGCAGUGACAUAUGAUGAAGGCAGUGGACCAACAGGAAUAAGUGCAACUCUAACCAUUGAAGACCCAGACAACACCACACUGAAUGGAGUCAUUAUCAUGAUGUGUGGCGCUGUGGAUGGAGAUGAAAUUGUGUUUUCAGUAGCACUGCCCGAUGGAGUGACUCGUGGCAAUACAACAUACAGUACUUUCUGUAUGGACGUGAACGCAAAUGUUACAUCUUUAAAUGAUACAUGUGUUGCUCCUUGGAACGAUGAUGUGUGUUCUUACAAUGGAAGUGGGAUUAUGUUUGAGCUGAAUGGUGUAGCAACUUUGGCAGAAUAUGAAACAGUGCUUCGGUCGAUUCAGUAUUACAAUCGUCAUCGUCCUGGUCUCUUCUUUCCUCAUGAAAAAACAAUCAUCAUCACAGCAUGGGAUGGAGAUAUGUUCAGUUCACCGGCUUACAUCAAUAUCACAUUUGUUCCUGUAAAUGAUGGUCCCAUUCUACAGUUUAAUGCUUCAGCCGAUCCCAGGAAGUUUGCCACUCUUGAUGAUCGCACUCAUCGUUUUAACUUUACAGAAGAGGACGAACCCACUGAUGUCUUUCCUAUGACUACAACACUUGUAGAUGUGGACAGUAGUUCAGCUUCAAAGGUCACAAUAUGGUUAAACAAUGCAAAGAUGAAUGAGACUUUGCUGUGGAAUAGAACUCUUGCUCAGCACUUAGGACUCAGUGUUGAGCCAUUUGGUAUGUACGCAUGGAAUUUUACAGGAUCUGUGACUUUCUACCAACUAAAAAUGUUUUUGUUGACUCUGAUGUAUGCAAACGAGGAUCAUUCAGAACCAAUGGCAGGUGAGAGAGAAGUAAGAGUGGUAAUCUGGGAUGAAGAUGGAGCAGCAAGUUUGCCAGUAUCCAUUUUCAUCUACGUGAUGAGGAAGAAUGAUCGACCCAACUUGGAUCUUGGAGUGGGAGAAAACCAAAAUGACAGUACGUCAUUUAUGGAGAUUGCAAGUGGCACACAUGAUGUGGGUAUACACGUUACAAGCCAUCCACAUCGUAUUAUGAUCAGUGAUGAGGAAGAGGAAGGACACUACACAACAAAGGUUGUCAUGACAUUGAGGGCAGCUGCGUGUGGCCAAUUGGAUGGGUCUAGUGAGUUGAUCUAUCGUCUCGGUGAUUUGCCGUCAGGGUUGCAGUAUGAGCCAUCGCCUGAUGGAAGAAUGGUGACUGUAACAACUAUAGGAACUGUUGAUCCUGCUGGUGUUGAUGCUUUGACAAUGAAGUACGAGGACUUGCUGUUUGCCAUGCGCUACAUUCAUUUUGGUGAUGAACCAACAUUGUAUUGUGAAAACGGAGAUCGUCUUUAUCGCUUUAUUGACUUCACCAUUUAUGACAGCGGCUCACCAACCAAGAGUCGAACAGUCACUACAGCGAUUACCGUUAUGUCUGUGAAUGACCAAGUUCCAAUGGUAGUCGUUGAUAUCAUUGGUGGAUGCUUAGUACCGAGCGACAGCACACCAGACUUGAAUCUCUUCAACAUGGAAGGAGCGAGAAAGAAACGACAUGUUAAGGCUGCAGUAAAAAGAGAAGCUGAAUCUCCAAUAGUGGUAUCUGUCAAUGCAUUUGGUGACAGCAGUGACUUUACUGCUGGUUCUCGAGUCAUAGUGAAUUUCUCUAUGGAUACAAACACUCCAGUUAUGUUGAGGCCGAAUGAGCUAAAGCAUCUUAUUAGUUUUACACCAGCAUCACUUCAUGAGCUGCCUCAUAUUGGUGUGUGGAGAGAUUCAAAGACACUGCACGUUGUUUUUCCUGUAGUGGCAAAGGACUGGAAGAGCUUCCCAGCAGACAAACUAGUUGUAGCUUUCCAUAACCCACCAGAUGAUUGUGACGAUGAACACUUAACAUGCACACCUAUCUGCGACAGUAGUGGCCUAUCAUGCGGAGUCGAUGGUUCAUACACAGUCAAUGGCCCAAUGAUGACCGCAACAGAACAGCCAAGAAAGCAUGACGAUCUCGUUAUCAAAGUGGCCACUGCAGAUGAUGUUGAACAAACACAGCUACACGACUGGCUGCUACUAACAUUGGCCUUUGCGUCCAUCAUUACUGCAUUCACUGUUGUGCUAGUGGCCAGUCGCAGGCGACAAAAUAAAGCCGUCAAGUAUUGAUGUCGAGGCGAAGAGGUUGUUGUGAAGAGACGUGGAACAAUGUAGUCUCUACAAGAGUUUGCUUGUUUGUGUGUUGCAUGUGUAUGGAGGAGGUGGCUGGUAGUGGGUGUGGUAGAUGUGGCUUGUACUGCUUUUUUCGUGCUGCUUUUAAGUAGUUGCUGGCGUUUAGUUAAUUCUGUGUAGUCAGUUGAUGUCAUUUUUGAGCUCAACAAGGCGACGGUCUGUACA